AUGAACAAGCUAACCCUCAUUUUACUUGCCCUCUUUGCCCUUAUAGUCGUUGUGAGCGGUCAAGAUCAACUAAAUCAAGUUGGCUAAGAAUUUCGUAAUCUUGAAGAUGAUGAAUCUGAUUCACAUAGAGACCUUGGUAAAAAGCUUUAGAGAGACCUUGAGAGACCUUCUUGA